AUGGAUGUGGCGACCGCUGUCCAGAUGAAUUCACGUGCGUCGAGUUUCACCGUCGAAGACAUCUGUGAAGCGAAGCAAGUGCUGUGCAAGUCCCUUGGGAUCGUCGGCACCUAUGUAUCUCACCGGAGAGGGGAUGAAACCGGGAAGAAGACCCUUGAGGAUAUAAUGAAAAUCCUGAGGGAGAAUGAAGGCCGGAUUCCGGACUUUGUGGCAACGGGUAUCCUGCCAUCGUGUGAUCCGGAUCAGGUCGACGUUCGCUGCUUGUCAAAGGAAAUCAUGGCCCUAAGAACAACAUUAGCGGAAGUUAUUUCUAUGUUUGAGGCUAGCCUAGUCACUAUUGCCGAAUUACGCAACGAAAUCAUAAAUUUGCGGAAUGCUCCAACUCGGUCGGCGGCUUCAAAUUUCAAGAACGAUAAUCGGCCUGACACUGUCUGUGUCGAGUCGGUUAGUUUGCGUGUUGCUGACACGGUAAAAUGUGCCGCACGCGCCGCUGCACCGCCCGCGCGCCCCCCGCGCGUGCGACCGCCCCCUAUCACGAAGUCACGUCAGCGUGCAUAUGCUGAUGUCGCCGGUCAGCCUGUCGCAGCUAACCGGGUCAACGCGCCUACUAAGGUGUAUGGAACACGGGCUCCAGUUAAGGAGAAGUCCACCCCCACCGAUGUGGAUAAGGAGGGAUUCACACUGGUGGAAAGAAACCGCAAGGCGCGCAGGGCGCCUCGCAAGACUCUGUGUGGCACUGCGGAGCCGGUUAAUUCUGGCCUACGAGUCGCGACACCGAGUAAGGCGCUUUACAUGUCACGCCUACAUUACUCCGCCGUAGCCGACGAGGUGGUGGAGUACGUUCGUCGGAAGACUGGCUACACGCUGAGGGUACACCAGCUUCAGUCGCGUCACUAUGUGCACUUCAGUUCAUUUGUGGUGCGCGUGCCGCGGCCGCUGCAGGACACCAUCGCAAGCGCGGACUUCUGGCCGAACGGUGUGGUGUUUCGGCGAUUCCGGGGCAACCUGCCGAAUCCUACGCCGACUUGUGCGCCUUCUUCUACACGUGUGCGCAGCUGGUGCGCCGCCUUCUCGUGCGUUCAGCUGGUGCGCCUUUUUUACUACACGUGCGCACAACUGGUGCGCCUUUACUACACGUGCGCACAGCUGGUGCACCUCUACUACACGUACGCCUUCCCCUGA